CAUGUGGCACAUUGGUGAAAAACGUACAACCCAGUCUAUUUCUCCGAGGUGAAGGAGCUGAGCAGACACGCGCUGCGUGCUGCUGUCGAGAUUUAAUAACCAUGGUUCUGUUACACGUGUUGUUCGAGCACGCGGCGGGCUACGCGCUGUUCACCGUCAAGGAAGUGGAGGAGAUCGGCAUGCUGCUCCCUCAGGUGGAGGAGAGCGUACUGAGCCUUGGAAAGUUCAACAGCAUGGUGAGCCUGGCCGCCUUCUUUCCCUUUAAGUCGGCUCAGGCUGCUCUGGAAAACAUGAACGCCAUCUCUGAAGGUGUGGUUCACGCUGACCUGAAGUUGUUCCUGGAGACAAACUUGCCUCUAUCUGGAAAGAAGAAGGCUGUGUUGGGAGUUUCAGAUGCCAAAAUAGGAGCAGCUUUACAAGAAGAAUUUACAAUUUCCAUCCAGACCGUUGGGGUGGUGGCAGAGAUAGGCAGAGGUGUGCGUCUGCAUUUCCACUCACUGGUGAAGGGUCUGACUGGUCAGGCUGCCUCAAAAGCUCAGCUGGGUCUGGGUCACAGCUACUCAAGAGCUAAAGUAAAGUUUAAUGUCAACCGGGUCGACAACAUGAUCAUCCAGUCUAUCGCUCUGCUCGAUCAGCUGGACAAAGACAUCAACACAUUCUCAAUGCGUGUUCGUGAAUGGUACGGCUAUCAUUUCCCAGAGCUGGUCAAGGUUGUGUCGGACAACUCCAUGUACUGCAAGCUGGCUCAGCUCAUCGGCAACAGGAAAGAGUUGUCAGAGGAAAGUCUCGAGAGUCUGGAGGAGGUGGUCAUGGACAGCGCCAAGGCUCAGGCUAUCCUCGAUGCAUCCCGCUCAUCCAUGGGUAUGGACAUCUCUCCCAUCGACUUGAUUAACAUAGAGAGGUUCUCUGAUCGUGUAGUGUCUCUAGCUGCAUACCGGCUGGAGCUGCAGGAGUACCUGAGAUCCAAGAUGAGCCAGGUGGCUCCUAAUCUAGCAGCCUUAAUCGGGGAAGUGGUGGGAGCUCGUCUGAUCUCUCAUGCUGGCAGUCUAACCAACUUGGCCAAGUACCCGGCAUCCACCGUUCAGAUCCUGGGAGCAGAGAAGGCCCUGUUCAGAGCCCUGAAGACUCGUGGCAACACUCCCAAGUAUGGAUUAAUUUUCCACUCCACCUUCAUUGGACGCGCUGCUGCCAAGAACAAAGGCCGCAUCUCCAGAUAUUUGGCAAACAAGUGCACCAUCGCCUCUCGCAUCGACUGUUUUUCAGAGGUGCCAACAAGUGUGUUUGGCGACAAGCUGCGUGGACAGGUUGAGGAGCGCCUGUCUUUCUAUGAAACAGGAGAGGUGCCACGGAAGAACGUGGAUGUCAUGAAAGAUGCUGUGAAAGAGGCUACUGAUGUUGCAACUGAGAUCAAGAGGAAAUUGGAGAAGAAGGAAAAGAAACGCAAGAAGCGUGAGAAGAAGUUGCAAGAAGCCAAUGGUGACGCCAAUGGGGAAGCAGAGGCGGAGAAUGGAGAGGCAGAAACCCCUGUGGUGAAGAAGAAAAAGAAGAAAGACACAGCAGAGGAGAUGGAGGUCCAAACAGAAGAGACCCCUGCUGCAGAGAACGGAGCUGACACCCCAGCCAAGAAGAAGAAAAAGAAAAUAAAGGCAGAGGAGGAAGAGGUAGCGGCAGAGGAAACGGAACCAGCAGCCAAAAAGAAGAAGCGAAAGUCUGAAGCUGUGGAAGCAGAGCCAGAAGAAGAGGCCCCAGAAACCCCUGUGACUGAAAAGAAAAAGAAAAAAAAGAGAAAAGAGGCUGCAGAGUAGAGCGGCCAAAGACUGACACUUUAUUUCAGUAAAAUUUUAUUUUGUUCCUUCAACUCAAUAUCAUAAGCUCUGUCACAUAAGCAGCUGUAUGUUGUCCUUUUGUUUUCUUCAUUUGGAAAACCUCAGAGCAGGUGAGACUGCAAAGAAAUGCUUACAACCAGGGAUGUGAUUGUUCCACAAGAAUCUGUUCAAAGAUUGACUUGAGUCAUGGAUGUGCAUCAAAACACAUUUUCAAAGGGGAGAGCUUCUGGACUCAAGAAUAAAAUGUAUAUUCAUUUCCUGGUAUCCAUGCUAAUGUUACUUCAGUGCUGCAAUCCGUCUGUAAAGUGAACACGGUGAGCCACGUAAGCGGUGUUUGUUUAUUUGCAGGCUGUGCAUGUUCUUUGAAGUGCGUUAGCAGCCACUGUUAAAUAUGCGCUUUGAUGUAAAUACGGUCCAGAACUCCGUGUCCCAAAGUUUAUAAUUUUAAGUAAUCUGUGCGCUGUACAGCGUGUCUUGCUUGCAGUUGAGACCAAGUAGGUUGUUAUGGAGACACUGAUUGUAACAAUCACUACUUCACUGCAUUUUUUUGUCCAAUCACAUCCCUGGUAAUGUGCCUUGUACUCCAUGACAUGUACUUGUAAAUAUUUUUAUCAAUUAAAACCUUUGUUAAAUAAAUACAUUUUCUGUUAUCAUU